UACGUGUCAGGGGGAACUUUAACAUAGUCGUCCUUGCUGUUGUUUAGUAAGAGAAAGGGACUCGCAUUUACAUCAGUGGGGGAACUUUAACAUAACCGUAUUGAUGGUUAACCUGUCUGCUGCGAUUGGCUUUCACUGGUAGCCUGGUAACAUACACUCCCAGGUCUUUCUCUGCCUCUGUGGUGGAUAGUGGAGUGUUUCCCAUGUGGUAUUGGUGUGCUGGAUAUCCCUUCACUGGUAGCCUGGUAACAUACACUCCCAGGUCUUUCUCUGCCUCUGUGGUGGAUAGUGGAGUGUUUCCCAUGUGGUAUUGGUGUGCUGGGUAUCCCUUCACUGGUAGCCUGGUAACAUACACUCCCAGGUCUUUCUCUGCCUCUGUGGUGGAUAGUGGAGUGUUUCCCAUGUGGUAUUGGUGUGCUGGAUAUCCCUUCACUGGUAGCCUGGUAACAUACACUCCCAGGUCUUUCUCUGCCUCUGUGGUGGAUAGUGGAGUGUUUCCCAUGUGGUAUUGGUGUGCUGGAUAUCCCUUCACUGGUAGCCUGGUAACAUACACUCCCAGGUCUUUCUCUGCCUCUGUGGUGGAUAGUGGAGUGUUUCCCAUGUGGUAUUGGUGUGCUGGAUAUCCCUUCACUGGUAGCCUGGUAACAUACACUCCCAGGUCUUUCUCUGCCUCUGUGGUGGAUAGUGGAGUGUUUCCCAUGUGGUAUUGGUGUGCUGGAUAUCCCUUCACGGGUAGCCUGGUAACAUACACUCCCAGGUCUUUCUCUGCCUCUGUGGUGGAUAGUGGAGUGUUUCCCAUGUGGUAUUGGUGUGCUGGAUAUCCCUUCACUGGUAGCCUGGUAACAUACACUCCCAGGUCUUUCUCUGCCUCUGUGGUGGAUAGUGGAGUGUUUCCCAUGUGGUAUUGGUGUGCUGGAUAUCCCUUCACUGGUAGCCUGGUAAAAUACACUCCCAGGUCUUUCUCUGCCUCUGUGGUGGAUAGUGGAGUGUUUCCCAUGUGGUAUUGGUGUGCUGGAUAUCCCCUCCCAAGGUGCAGGACUUUACAUUUUUCUUCACUGAUUUGUAGCAGCCACUUUUUGUUCCAUUCCUGUAGCUUGGUGAUAUCUUCUUGUAGGAAAUCCACAGUCAAGGGGUUAAGUUGCUGGUGGGUAACUCUUGCAGGGAGGGUCAUAGUGGUGUGAAUCAUGAUAUGCCAACACUCUCUGGUU